AUGUCGAAGGUGAAUACACUUGUUCUAGACGCUGGCCCGCUAAUCACUCAGUCGGCCUCUCAGCUACAGCAGUUUGGAUCUAAUUUCUAUACAACUCCCGGAGUCUUUUCAGAACUGAAAGAUGAGCACGCAAGAAAGCAAAUUCUUAUAUGGGGAGACAAGCUACAAGUUAGACAACCCAAGCCCAACGCUAUUAAUGCUGUCAUCGAGUUUACCAAACUAACAGGUGAUUAUCUUGUGCUGUCGCAAAACGAUUUACAUAUUUUGGCACUCACCUACGAACUGGAGUGCCAACUUAAUAAUGGGCCUUGGAGACUCAGAUCCUACCCUGGGGAGAAAAAAAAACGUAAACCAAAAGAGCAACAGAAAGAAAAUAGCAAGGAAUCUGUGAAUGUCUCAGAUGAAGCUGAAUCGUCGCAUGAGCCGGAAUUUGAGCCGGUUGAAAAGAUCAAAAAGAAGACCAGAAGAGGCGGUAAGAGACAUAGAAAGAAACCAACUGAUAACCAAGAACACACUACUGAAGACGACAAAAACUUGGAUGAAGUUAGAGAAAUACCAGCAGAGGACUCACAAGCAUCUACCGAAGAUCUUACUGAAGUAAUUGACAAAGUAGAUAAGUUGUCCGUCGAAGAUCACUUAUCACAAGAAUUUUCGGACGCAGAAGACGAAGGAGAAUGGAUUACACCAGAAAACUUGAUUGAAGAAAUGAUGAAGGAUGAAAAUGAAAAAGUGGAGUCGUCAGCAGACAUCCAAAAAGUGAAGGUUGCUUUGUCCACGGGAGAUUUCGCUGUGCAGAACGUGGCUCUUCAAAUUGGCUUGAACUUGAUGAAUGCAAUGUCAGGUAUGCAAAUAAAGAGAGUGAGAAAUUACAUGUUGAGAUGUCACGCUUGUUUUACGAUGAUCCCAAUACCCAAAGACGGAACUCCAAAGCAUUUCUGUUCUGCCUGUGGCGGUGCCACAUUACUUAGGUGCGCUGUUUCUGUGGUUGCCAAUGGUAAUAUAAUUCCUCACCUUAAGAAGAAUUUCGAAUGGCAUAGAAGAGGCGACAAGUACUCUCUCCCUUCCCCACAAUCCAAGAACUACGCCAAGAAAUACGGAAGCCAAGGUUACCAACACCGCGGUAACCCUCUUCUGGAAAACGUCUAUCUUCGUGAAGACCAAAAAGAGUAUCAGCAAGCACUCAAGAAUGCAAAGUGGCAGCUACGACAGAACGAGAAGGUCAUGCAGGAGUACGUUGGAGGUGGGUCGGCAGACAAUUUCAUUUCUCCUUUCUUCACGGGUACAGAACAUAUUAAGCCUGUGAACGUCAAGGUUGGACGCGGGCGAUACGUUAAUUCUUCGAGAAGAAGACGGUAA